AUGUUCUAUAUUUUAGCUGGUUUGGAAUUAUUUGCUCAACAUUCGACUUUAUUUACUGAAUAUCUUUAUGAUGAUUAUCCUGAAAUGCUUCAAUGUCUUCGAGCAUGGAAUGCACAUGAUAAUAAUGAUGUAGUGAAUGCUUUGAACGAAACGAAUAUUAAAACAUCGAAAGAGCGUCGUCGUGUUGUGUUGACUUUUCAAUAUUUUAUUAAAGAAUUUCGAGAUAAAAUUGAUUCACCGGAAUCGGAAAUUCGAGAUUUAGCAAUGGAUAUUCGGCAUUAUGGUAUUUUUGCUAAAGCAUGUAAACUAUAUGGUACUGAAGAAGAUGUUAAAUUUAUGUUUGUUGGUCUAAUUCAAUGGUGUGAACAAAUAGCUAUUCCAAGUAUAACAUUAUCUCAAGCAACUGAUGUAUUUGAUGAACGUUUUUAUGCAUUAGCUAAUUUACUUGAUGCACUUUCUGCUAUUAUUAUUGAAAUGACAAAUAUUGGUGAAGAAUUUCUUGGUCUACUUGAACGUUUAACUGUCAUGACAAUUGAUUACUACCCUCGUUACCAACCUAAAUCUAAAGCCACAAUAUGUUCAUCUGUUAUAAAAAUGAUCUUAGCUUUACAAACAAAACCUACAUCUUAUAAACCAUUUUUAACUCGAAUUUGGUAG